AUGUUACCCAAUGAGUCUAUACCUCUUGAAUCAAUUACAAACACAGAAAAAGAAUGGAAAGACGAGAUAUCACCUGAAGUCGAAGUAUAUCUUGAUACUAAACCAACUUAUGGAUUAACAGAGCAACAAGUAGCAGAAAGGUUGACAAAAUUUGGUAAAAACGAAUUACAAGAUAAAAAGAAGAGUAAAAUAAAGCAUUUUCUAUCAUUUUUUACUGGCGCUAUUGCUUAUCUCAUGGAAAUAUCGAUUAUUCUAACUGCUGUAACAAAGGACUGGGUGGAUUUUGGUAUCAUCUUAUCCAUGCUAAUUAUUAAUGCUUUGAUUGGCUAUAUUGAAGAAGCCAAAGCGGACUCUGCUGUAGCUGCUCUUAAAACAAGUCUAGCUCUUCAUACCCGUUGUUGGCGCUCAGGACAGUUGAUGGAAAUCAAUGCAGCUGAACUGGUUGUUGGUGAUGUCAUUGUGUUACGUCUGGGCGAUAUUGUGCCUGCAGAUGUGAGAUUGCUGGGGAUAGGUGCCACAGGUGAACAGAUCGAGGGUGAUCUUCAAAUUGAUCAGAGUGCCCUCACAGGAGAAUCACUACCUGUGCGAAAGCGAAAAGGUGAUCUUGUUUAUUCCUCCAGCAUUGUCAAACAGGGGCAGCAAUUAGGUAUCGUAGUUAGGACUGGCUCCAGUACGUUCAUAGGAAGGGCUGCCAACUUGAUUUCUGUUACAACAGACGCUGGUCACUUUCAAAAAGUGGUUAACUAUAUUGGAAACUUUCUGAUCGCUAUCUCAGUUUUACUGGUAACAAUCAUCUUUAUCUAUGACUUGGUAGAGAAAAAGAUAAAGACAGGCGUUGUCACUGGUCCUGAUGUCUUGGACGCUUUAAAGGAAAUGGUUGUGCUUACUAUCGCAGCGAUUCCUGUAGGCUUGCCUACAGUCAUGUCAGUAACAAUGGCUGUUGGAGCAAAGCAGCUAGCAAAGAAAAAGGUUAUCGUUAAAAGACUGACAUCAGUAGAAGAAUUUGCAUCUGUAUCUAUACUCUGCAGCGAUAAAACAGGCACACUCACACUUAACGAGCUCACAUUUGACGAACCUUACUUGGCACCACCAUUCACAAAGAGCGAUCUUUUGCUUCACGCUUAUUUAUCAUCCGAGCCAGCAACCAGUGACCCCAUUGAAUUCGCUGUCCGAAAUGCAGCAGAGCGAAAUCACCCAAUCAUUUCGACACUCGAAGGAAAGUAUGAUGUCCCUGGAUAUCAAGUGAAAUCCUUCAAGCCAUUUGAUCCAGUCGAAAAGAUGUCUCGCGCAGUUGUCCUUGAUAAGACAACGCAAUCGACAUUUAAAGUAGCUAAAGGCGCGCCUCAAGUCAUUCUGGAACUUGUUAACAACAGUGGUUUACGCCCUAUAGUAGAUGCUGAAAAGGUUGUUGUAGAGUUCGCCCAACGAGGCUUACGUGCCUUGGGAGUUGCCCGCACAAAACCAAAGUUGAUCAUGGAUGACAGUGGGGAUGAAUGGGAGUUGAUAGGCAUCUUUAGUUUGAUUGAUCCUCCACGCCAUGAUUCCGCCAUGACUAUACGUGAUUGUUCAGAAUAUGGCAUCUCUGUAAAGAUGAUCACUGGUGAUCAAACAAUCAUCGCAAAAGAAGUCGCUCAAAGACUAAAUAUGGGCCAAAAUAUCCUGGAUGCAAAUUCCCUUGUGGAUAGUGCCAAAUCAGAUACAGAAAUAGCAGAACGGUGUCUUCAUGUAGACGGAUUUGCUCGUGUUGUGCCAGAACACAAGUACAGAGUCGUUGAGUUACUGCAGGAUAAAGGCUAUUUUGUGGCGAUGACAGGAGAUGGUGUCAAUGACGCACCGGCUUUAAAGAAGGCAAACGUUGGUAUCGCUGUACAUGGCAGCACUGACGCGGCUAGAACUGCAGCCGACAUUGUGCUAUUAACACCUGGGCUUUCUCCUAUAGUGGAUGGCAUCAAGACAUCUAGGGCUAUCUUUCAACGUCUUCAGUCCUAUGCGCUUUACCGCAUUUCAUCUACCAUUCACUUUCUCAUUUUCUUUUUUGUCAUCACCUUGGCAGAAGACUGGCAGAUGCCACCUAUCUUCCUUAUUCUAAUUUCAGUACUUAAUGAUGCAGCUACAAUGAUCAUGACCAUAGAUAAUGUAACCAUCUCGAAGCAUCCAAAUACAUGGCGUCUAAGGCUCCUGGUAUUCUUGUCCACCAUUCUAGCUGUGUUUCUUUCGUUUUUCUCAUUUGCUCACUUUUAUAUAUUUCGAGAUGUUAUUAAAGUGACCCCAGGCCAAUUAUCAACCGUGAUGUACCUUCAUAUAUCUGCAGCACCCCAUUUUAUUAUAUUUUCUACUCGUACCGAAUCAUUUUGCUGGAGAAGUCUACCUUCAUGGCCAUUUACAGUGGUUGUCCUAGGAACACAGGUUAUUGCGUUGUUCUUGUCUGUUUAUGGUGCAGUGGGUGAUGCAACUGUAGAGGGUAUUGGAUGGGCAGCAGGCUUAGCCAUUAUUGCAGUUGCUUUGAUUACAUUUAUUUUAGUCGACUUGGUCAAGGUACUGACGAUUCAUCUGUGGAAUAAAAGGCAUGUCGGAAACAAUAUACGGGUAGCAGUAGUUCAAAAGAACGAGCUGAAGCCAUCCCGUGUUCAACGAUUCCAACAGGAACAUAGCGGUUCAUUGAACUGGAGUGAGUCGUCUUGA